UGAAACAUUUUUGCUUAAUACGUAAAACGACCCUCCCUGUGCAUGUGUUUUCACCUCUUCUUUCCUUUGCUCUUUAUAAGCCGAAUACGAAAGCUUUCGACAAGGGAGCUGCUCAUCCAGUGGCUCUUCCGCAGAAUAUGCCACCAUGUCACGGGUUGGCUCAGAAAAGUCCACAGAGCGUUCUACAAAGAAUGUCAGCUCCUUUAUUAGCAAACUCUACAGCCUGGUCGGUGAUGCGCGCCACCAGGAUUUAGUAUCGUGGAAUCAAACUGGAACGUCGUUCUUAAUUUGCAACGUAAAGCGUUUUGCCCAAAUAGUCUUACCGGAAUAUUUCAAGCACGGCAAUUUUUCAAGCUUCGUACGUCUACUAAACAUGUAUGGUUUUCACAAGAUUAACAAGUCUCCACGAGGACAACGUGGCAAUGAAAAUGAAAUAUGGGAGUUUUCACACCCACAGUUCCAACGCAACCGACCCGAUAUGCUUAAGGAUAUUCGACGCAAGGCUAUGGACUCCGAAGUCCUACGACGGGAGGCAGGCGACAUGCAAACAUUCUUUUCUAUGCUCCAAGUGUCCCAAGCGGAUCUCCAGCGACAGUUCCAAUCCCUGCAAGAGAGCUUUUCUGGACUUUUACAAGGGUUUGAAGAAACCCGCAAGAUGCAGCUCCAGCAGCAUUUUAUGCUGAGACAAUUGGCCGAAAAACAGGGCGUCCCGAUGGAAGAGUUAGUGCCAGCCGCUAGAUUUCAGGAUGGCCCACCGGAUGUAUUUAUUACUUCGCCACAGCCAAACAUCAAGCAAGAGCAGUAUCAACACCUGCGGCAACAACAGCAAUCACAAUCGCAGGCACAGCAACAGCUAUCUCCAUCACAACAACAGCCACCGCCUCCACCGUCAACAUAUCAACAGCAGCAGCAACGCACGUCAGCACAACAGCAACAGUAUGAUAUUUGGAAUGAACCUGACCACUGGGAUACCCCGUUUGCUCAGCAGCAGCAUCAGCAACCUAGUUUUAUGCCGCAGCAACAGCAACAAUUGCAAAGUCAACAGGCGCUAACUCCGGAUAUGUUGUUGGAAAUGGCUGCACGAACCCCGUUACCACCAAGCCCUAACGUUGAUCCGAUGAAUACUGGCAGCCCAUUACCGCCAAGUCCUAUUGGGAGUAACGUUGAUCCGAUGAGCGCCAUGUUCAGCACUGACUAUUAAUAUCAUAUAUGCUAGCUAAUAAAACCUAUAAUGUAUUGUCUUUUUAUUACAUUACUUGACACGCAUACGCUGAAAUUGAUACUUACGGUUAAAAGGAGGGUGCUUGAAAAAAA